AUGGAGUUGGACCCAGAGCCACAAGGGGAGGGGAAUGGAAUGAAAGAAGACGGGUUCUACUACAAAGGCACCGUCCCCGGGCGAUACAUGAAUUACGGCGAGGCCAACGCCACUUGGUGCUACGGCGGGAUGCAGAGCAGUGAGGAUAUUGGGUUUAGUGUCUUUGGGGAUGUGCUGCUCAAGGCGCAGUUUGUUGUGUUUGAUUUGGGCGGGAUGAGGGUUGGGUUUGCGGGGAAGGAUUUAUUGGAGGAGGAAGGGAUGGUUGGAAAGGGGAAGUGA